UUUGAUCGACUGGAACUUGGAUCUCGUCAACUUCUCCCCCAUGGACUACGAUACUAACAUAUCGAGGCACGUGCCGGUGUUCUUGGAGCGGGUGUUCAUCUCCAUCGAUAAGAAAUAUUUGUUGGGACAUGUGGCGGUCAAGAACCUUUCGUUUGAAAAAAGUGUCACGAUGCGGUACACCUUCGACAACUGGGGGACCAUUAUCGAGAUUCCCACUAUCUACGUGCCCGACAUCCCCACGGUGCUCCGGUCCAAUGGGUAUGAUCGGUUUGUGUUUAAGGUCCAGUUGAACAAAAUGUUCAAUAAUUUCGGGGCAAACAUGCACUUCCAGAAGAACAACUAUAAGUUUUGCAUCAAGUACGUUGCUAACAACACAAACUACUGGGAUAACAACCUGAUGCGUGACUAUGAGAUCAACUUGACCAAGAUAAUAACCCAGGCUAAUAGCCCCGUUGCCAGAACUAACUUCAGCGAUAACUCGGUGUUUAACCGGACCGGGUCGGCAGACAGCUUGACGCUGCUCAACUCCAAGGGCUUCAAGCCGCGGUACUCGUCGUCGUACUUGCGGCGGCGGUCGUCCGACUCCAAGCUCUCGACCCUCGAGUCCGACGCUGACUACGUGAAGAAUAACUUUUAUUUGUCGUCACCUUUGCUUUCAAACUAUAGCUCCGGGUCCUUUAGUAGUGACGUGUUGAACCCCCUGAAGUCGAACACCUCGACCGAUACGUUGAUCCCUAACAAAAACUUUUUGAAUCCCCACGAUUCCAACCCUUUGGACUUGAAAUCGUUGAACGCCAGUUUGUUCACCGAUAACGAUAAUUACAAUUCUCCAUCUUAUCAACAGCUUAUUGAUAACUAUUGUUUUUUCACUCCGGGUGGGUCACAGCCCCAAAAGUCAAGUUCCGGUUCCAAUCAAAAGGAAUCUGGAAACCCUAGUUCGAGUUCAAGCUCGGGUUCUAAUUCGGCCUCUGAGCCUGCUGGUGGGCUUGAUGGGUCAAGUGAAUUUAGUUCGCUGACCUUUACGGUGUCUUCGUUACUCGGCACCUAGUUUGUUUUUAGCGUUUGAUGAUAGAAUACAUGAUGUAUUAGGUACUUUUCAGAUGAUUCGUUUGGCCUAAAAAGGUUAUUUUGUAUCAUCACACGAUCACUGCCCGUUUUAAGCUUUUGUUGCACUUGUCUAUUAUUACAUACUUAACAUAAUAUACAUCAUCCCUAUGCCAAGGGAUUCAUAUUUUACCUAAUCAAAACAAAAGAGCUUCACCACUCCGUUGUCACAGCCAGCUGCAAACUUCGAGUCGCUCAAUCCCACGCAACUGACGCUGGCAUCCCCACACCAGGUAUGCAAACACUUACCGUCUUGCAAGUCCCACACCUUAAUCAUCCGAUCAUGUGCCCCACUGACGAUUCUAAACGUAUCAGCAGAAAUCGACCACACCCCUUCGAUGUGACCAAACUGCGUCCGAAUACAUUUACCGGUCUUCACAUCCCAUACCUUGAUGGUGUUAUCCAAAGACGACGUGAGCAAGUGCGUGGGGUAAUUCUUCUCAUUGGGGUCUGUCACAAUCUCCACAAACCCUCCAUCACUGAUCUCGUUAUCGUUAUCGUUGUCUUCAUCUACAUCGCUGAUGUUCCCGAGAUCCACGUCGUUGAUCAACUUGUCUUUGUAGGUGAAGGGUAUCACACACUGCACCUGCCCCACAUGGCCAUUGCUCUCAACCCCACCAAACGUCUUGAGACAUUUGUGGGUUUCCAAGUCCCACAUCUUGACGGUGGUAUCAUCGGAGGCCGAGAACGCUGUGUGAGACUGCGAGUGGAUUUUGACCGAGUUGACCCAGUCAGUAUGGCCUCGGAGCGUAUAACAGGUGCGUGAGUCGACAUGCCAUACUUUGACAGUAUUGUCGGCGGAUCCGCUGACGAUGGUUUUAUCUGAAAAGUCCACCGACACUACCGCGUCCUCAU